CUGCUCCUGCUCCUCCUUGUCCCCGGAGGGACGGGGCUGGGGGGGGCCGGCGGGGGCCGGGCCGCUGGCUGACGCCGUCUUCUCCGCCUGAGAAAGGCCCAGAGCAUGGAGAAUGAUGAACUUCCGUCAGCGGAUGGGAUGGAUUGGAGUGGGGCUGUACCUGCUAGCCAGCGCGGCGGCAUUUUACUAUGUUUUCGAAAUCAACGACACUUAUAACCGGCUAGCGUUGGAACACGUCCAGCAACAUCCCGAGGAGCCACGAGAAGGGACCACGUGGACACACUCCCUGAAAGCUCGACUACUGUCUUUGCCUUUUUGGCUGUGGACGAUUAUUUUUCUGAUCCCCUACUUACAGAUGUUCUUGUUCCUUUACUCCUGCACAAGGACCGACCCCAAGACCGUGGGCUAUUGCAUCAUCCCCAUAUGCUUGGCAGUUAUUUGCAAUCGCCACCAAACGUUCACCAAAGCCUCUAAUCAGAUCAGCCGGUUACAAUUAAUCGACACGUAAAACCCAUCUUUAGUUUCCCUCGCUGAUUACGGAACUACAACCGCUGAACUGAAUCAUGCGUUUAAAGUUCUGAAAGGAAGUUGUGGUUGGAAACCUUUUCAAAAUGUGAAAAGGCUCUGUUUUUUAUUAAUGCUGUUCCGUUUUUAGAUACAGACUGAUGUGGAUGACAGGGCCGCAUCCCCGUCGGGGACUUCAGCUAGGAGCAUUACCCAGAUUUCCUUUGGAAGCCAAAUCAUUCUGUUCAAACUAUAAUCACUAAAAGACAAUUAACAGUUGAUCUGUGAUUUUAUUUCUCUGCCAAAAAUUACUUCAGAAAUCUUUCCUCUGGUGGAAAAUAAUGAAUUGAUGUGGACACUUCCCUUGCUUUCAAUGUGGAACCAUUCAGACAUGAUUAUAAAAUUUAAAUUUAAUAUAUCUA